AACGAAUUGUAGCACAAGUAGAAAAUAUAGAAAAUCUGUGAUACAUAUAUCUGUUCAAAAUUUAUCAACCUGUAAGAUAGUUCUUGAAAAUUGCUUAUUGGAAAAGUGGAAACCAUGCACAAGACCUGGAGAAAGCCGCUGCACAAGCGAAAGAUAUGGAGGAAGACCUCAAUGAUUGGUCGCGUGGUGUACUACAUGCAGCCGUUGGUGGAUCAUCUGCAGGAUGUGUGGGUGCAGCCGCUGCCCUUUCCCACAAUGCUGAAGCUCGCCUAUACCUGCAUCCUGGGCUUCGUCAUUCUGCUGCCGGUACUCUUUCCGUUGAUGGUCAUCCUCUUCUACUUCGGCAUCUUCCAGUACGUGAGCGAGCAGCACUCGUGGCUGCACUUUGGCGAUAGCUGGAAUCUCCUGGGGGCCAUGUCGACUCUCUGGAACUUCGAGGUGACCAACAAGAAGUACCAGCUGUACGUGAACAUGUGCAUCGAUCGGUAUCGCGUGAUUAUAACAGCCAUAUCUUCGACAGUGGACUAUAUGCGCAUGGCCCUGUGCUUCAUCUUCAGCUGAAUGACCAUCCGCAAAUCGGCAUACAAAUUAUAUUCGAUUGAUCUUGCCAAAUUACCAAAUUACCAAAUUAUAAUAUAGAAUCUA